AUAAGACACAGCUCAGAACAGUUAACACGAACACGACACAGCUGAACUAAUGUUUUCCACUCCGAGUUCUUCCACCGCCAAAACACUAUUAUCUCCACUCAGCCAGAAAUUCACAAAAUUCAGACCCUUUUCUCUUCUUGGUUCCUUUGAAUUUUCCACUACAACCUCAAAGCCUGAUGUCCAAAACGCUACGCCUCAAAGCCACUCGCAGUUAUCCGAUUUGGAGAACAGCAUAUAUACAAUUUUAACUAUAGACCGUUGGGAGUCCUUGAACCACAUGGAUUACAAGUUAGCCUCUUUAAGACAAGUUCAUGAGCUAGCUUUGAAAUUUCUCAACUUUUUUAUCAAACAGCCUGGUUUGAACAAUCAUCUUGCUCAUGUACUUUCAAUAACAAUCCAUAUUCUUGUUAGAGCUAGAAUGUAUGAUUCUGCUAAAUCAUUGUUGAGGCGCUUAUGUAAAAUGAGUGUUGACUCCAAGUUUGUUUUUGGCGUUUUGAUGGAUACAUACCCUCUUUGCAAUUCAAACCCUUCGGUGUUUGAUCUAUUAAUCAGGGGUUAUCUGAAAGACGGAAUGAUUGAUAAUGCUUUGGAGACUUUCGGUUUUAUGUGUUUUCGAGGAUUUAAGCCGUCGGUUUAUACUUGUAAUAUGAUGUUAGGUUCAAUGGUGAAAGAUGGGAGAGUUUGUACAGUUUGGUCAUUCUUCAGGGAAUUGCUUGAUUUGAAGAUUUGUCCUAAUAUUGCUACUUUUAAUAUAUUGAUCAGUGUUUUGUGUGCCGAAGGGAAGCUCAAUAAAGCUGUUUAUUUGCUGAGAAAGAUGGAGAACAGCGGUUACCUUCCGACUAUAGUUACUUACAAUACUUUACUCCAUUGGUUUUGCAAGAAGGGGAGGUACAAAUCGGCCUUUGAGCUGAUUGAUCGUAUGGGGUCCAAGGGUAUUGAAGCAGAUGUCUGUACAUAUAAUUUGCUUAUUAACGAUUUGUGUAGAAAUGACCGAAGUGCAAAAGCUUACUUGCUGUUAAAAAAGAUGAGAAAAAGAAGGAUAUCUCCCAAUGCCAUUACCUAUAACACUCUUAUUAAUGGGUUUGUAAAGGGGGGAAAUGUUCGGAUUGCUACUCGGAUUUUUAAUGAGAUGGCAUAUUUUAAUCUCGAGCCGAAUAUUGCUACUUACAAUGCUUUGAUUGAAGGUCUUUCUAAUGAGGGUAACUUUGAAGAAGCUCUAAGACUCGUGGAUAUGAUGGAAAAAGUGGGAUUACAACCUAACGAAGUUAGCUACGCAACGCUUUUAAAUGGGUUGUGCAGGCAUGCUAAGUUCGAUUUAGCGAGAAGUAUUUUUGAGAGAUUGAGGACAAUUGGCAUGGGUUUUGGUUGUAUACCAUACACUGAGAUGAUUGAUGGACUAUGCAAGAAUGGAUUCUUCAAUAAAGCUGUACAUAUGCUUCAUAAGAUGUUCGAGGAAGGUGUGACUCCUGAUAUUAUCACAUUUUCCGUGCUUAUAAAUGGACUUCACAGGGCUGGGAAUAUAAAAAGUAUGAAGGAAAUUAUAUGUAAAAUGUAUAGAGCUGGUUUUGAACCUAACAAAGUUAUUUACUCCACAUUAAUCUACAAUUUCUGUAAGAUGGGAUUCAUCUCUGAAGCAUUGAAUAUCUACAGAAUUAUGAAUUGCAGCGGUCAUGCUGCUGACAGUUUUACUUGUAAAUUGGUUGCUUCUCUUUGUAGAGAUGGAAAAGUUAGAGAGGCUGAAGAUUUCAUGCGUCACAUGAGUCAGAUUGGUCCUAAUGCUAACUCAGUCACAUUUGAUUGUCUUUUAAGUGGAUAUGGAAAUUUGGGUGAUGGGCUGAAAGCAUUUUAUUUGUUCGACGAGAUGAUUAGAUUAGGUAAUAAUCCCAGCUUUUUCACAUAUGGCAGCCUACUUAAAGGACUAUGCAAGGGUGGAAAUCUGGUAGAAGCGAAGAAAUUUUUGAACAACCUGCAUCACAUUCCUUCGGCGGUAGAUAAUGUUGUCUACAACACUAUGCUUGCUGGGACCUGCAAAUCAGGGAAUAUGUCGGAAUCAGUGGCCGUUUUGGAUGAGAUGAUUUGGUUCGGUAUUCUUCCUGAUAGUUAUACAUAUAAUCUUCUCAAUGAAUUUUGUAGAAAUGGAAAAGUUGCUGUUGCCCUUCUGUUUCUGGGGAAGCUGAUGGAGAAAGGAGUUUUCUUUCCAGAUCAAGUUGCAUACACCUGUUUAGUUGAUGGUCUUUUCAAGGCUGGCCAAUCGAGGGCUGCUUCUUAUUUCUACGAAGAGAUGGAGAAAAAAAGUCGAUGUCUUGAUGUUAUUGCUUUUAAUGUUGCUCUUGAUGGAAACUCUAGGAGGGGAAAAUUGACGAAUGUGGAAAAUCUGUUUUCCACGAUGAGAAGCAAAAGCUUAUGCCCCAGUUUGGCUACAUAUAAUAUUUUGUUGCAUGGAUAUUCCAAGCAAAAAGACAUUCGGAGUUGCUCGGUUCUUUUUAAACUCAUGAUCGGUAGUGGCAUUUUGCCUGAUAGGUUAUCAUCCCAUGGCCUCAUUCUCGGACUUUGCAAGUCAGGGAUGCUGGAUGUUGGUAUGAAAAUCUUGAAAACUAUGAUAUCUGUAGGUGUUGAAGUCGAUCGGUUUACAUUUAACUUGCUUAUUAGCAAGUGUUCUGAAAGAGGUGAUACCAGAAGGACCUUUGAUCUUGUCAAUGUUAUGAACCUUUUGGGAAUAUUUCCUGAUGUGGAGACCCUCAAUGCAAUUAUUAUCGGGCUCAAUAGAAAUCUUGCACUUCAAGAAUCUCAUAUUAUUUUGCAUGAAAUGGCUCAGAAGGGUUUCCUUCCCAAGGGGAAACAAUAUAUUAAAUUGAUUAAUGCUAUGUGUAGACUUCGGAAUUUGCAAACAGCAUUCCAAGUGAAGGAUGAAAUGACAUCACUUGGUAUUGCUUCACCUGAUGUUGCCGAGAGUGCUGUUGUACGAGGACUUGCCUUAUGUGGGAAGGUCGAAGAAUCAACAUUGGUUCUUGAUAGGAUGCUCCGUGAGCAACUAGUUCCGACUGUUGCUACAUUUACAACCCUUAUGUACAGGUUCUGCAAAGAAAGCAACGUUGCGGAGGCUUUAAAGCUAAGGAGUAAAAUGGAGCUUUGUGGUCUGAAGCUUGACGUUAUUGCUUACAAUGUCAUCAUUUCGGGCCUUUGUGCUGAAGGGGACAUAGCUGCCGCUUUUGAACUAUAUCGAGAGAUGAAACAAAAUGGUUUAUGGCCCAAUGCCACUACUUUUACUGUCCUAGUUGAUGCCCUUCUCACCGAGGGGAGUGACCCUUCCACUGGCGAUGUGCUUUUAAAGGACUUAAAGGGGAGGGGAAUCAUAUCUUGUGAUUGGGAUGGAAGUACAGAACAGUUUCAGAAGGCGUUGAUAAUUGCCAAGAAAAGGUUGAAGUACAUGAAUCGGAACAAGAGGAAAUAGCGUGGAAGAAAAUCCGGAAUGUGACACCAUGUCAUUGGUUACUGAAAAUAUAGACCGAGUUUGUGCAGAUCUGCUUAUUGAUGAGAGGUUCAAAUGGAACUUUUGCUUCUCAACCAGUCAUGGCAUUCUGGUUUGGUUUUCAGUAAGUCUCUAUCUUUUGAUCAUUUAUGGACUAUUUUUUCAUCCUUUUCAGCUUAUACAUUUUUAGCUUUCUCAGGUCGGAUUCGAUUUACGUCUGUCUCAAAAUAGCCCUGCAAACCCAUGAAGAUAUCAGAUCCAAGACUGUGUAAGUCUCUUCUCCCUUUUUCUCUGGAGCUAUUCAGACAUGAGCCAAAUUUACCCAUUUUAAAACACUUUGAAAGGUA